AUGAUGGCCAAAGGCUAUGGCUGUGAGCUUGACCUGAUGGUCCGAACCUGUGGGCCCACGUGGCUGAGUAUAUGGCCUAUGGGAGGUGCAGCAGGUAAACAAAGCUGGAUCAGGUCCCUGCUGGUUCUUCAGCCACAGGAGCAGGUCCUGGGGAGGAGGAUCGGGAUGGGUGUUAUUUACGUGUUACUGGGCGAGAGGAGUGGGGUUUGUUUCUUCCAGCCGGCUGUCAAAAAGCUCACCCUGCUGCCUCCACAUCCCAGGGGUCGCCCUCGGGGCCCAGGGGGUGUUGGUGCGCGAUCGCUGGGAAGCCAGGCGCGGGCCGCGGGCCGUGGAGGAGGCGCAGCGCUGGACACACUCUUUUCUGUGUUGCAGGCAUCGGCAGGGGCCGGGGAGGUCGCCACGUGCAAGACCGGCUUUCCCGAGGACGUGUACAGCGCGGUCUUGUCCCAGGACGUGCAUGAAGGACAGCCUCUUCUCAAUGUGAAGUUCAGCAGCUGCGAUGGGAAGAGAAAAGUGCAGUAUGAAAGCAGCGAGCCGGCAGACUUCAAGGUGGACGAGGACGGCGUGGUGUACGCGGUCAGGAGCUUCCCCCUGUCCUCCGAGCGCGCCCGGUUCCUGGUCUACGCCCACGACCAGGACACGCAGGAGAAGUGGCAGGUGGCCGUGAGCCUGAGCCUCCAGCCCGCCUCCCCGGGGGCUGCCUCGCAGGGGCCACAAGAAAUUGAAGAAAUAGUGUUCCCACGCCUGCCGGCCCGGAGCGAUGGGCGCCUGCAGAGGCAGAAGAGAGACUGGGUCAUCCCUCCGAUCAACCUGCCCGAGAACUCGCGAGGCCCGUUCCCGCAGGAGCUCGUCCGGAUCCGGUCCGACAGAGAUAAAAACCUCUCCCUGCGGUACAGCGUCACUGGGCCCGGCGCUGACCAGCCUCCGACUGGCAUCUUCAUUAUCAACCCCAUCUCCGGGCAGCUGUCCGUGACCAAGCCCCUGGAUCGAGAGCAGAUAGCCCGCUUUCACCUGCGGGCCCACGCGGUGGACAUCAACGGGAACCAAGUGGAGAACCCCAUCGACAUCGUCAUCAACGUCAUCGACAUGAACGACAACCGCCCUGAGUUCCUGCACCAGGUCUGGAACGGGACGGUGCCCGAGGGCUCGAAGCCGGGAACGUAUGUGAUGACAGUCACGGCCAUCGACGCGGAUGAUCCCAACACCCAGAACGGGAUGCUGCGGUACAGAAUCCUGUCGCAGGCCCCCAGCACCCCCUCGCCCAACAUGUUCACCAUCAACAAUGAGACGGGGGACAUCAUCACCGUGGCAGCCGGACUCGAUCGCGAGAAAGUGCACCAGUACACGUUAAUCAUCCAGGCCACCGACACGGAAGGCAGCCCCACCUACGGCCUCUCCAACACGGCCACGGCCGUCAUCACGGUGACCGACGUCAACGACAACCCCCCGGAGUUCACUGCCAUGUCCUUCUAUGGCGAGGUCCCCGAGAACAGGGUGGAUGUCAUCGUCGCCAACCUGACCGUGACCGACAAGGACCAGCCACACACGCCGUCCUGGAACGCCGUGUACAGAAUCAGCGGCGGGGACCCCACCGGCCGCUUCGCCAUUCAGACCGACCCCAACAGCAACGACGGCCUGGUCACCGUGGUGAAGCCAAUCGACUUUGAGACAAACAGGAUGUUCGUCCUCACUGUUGCUGCGGAAAAUCAAGUGCCAUUAGCCAAGGGCAUUCAGCACCCACCUCAGUCGACGGCAACCGUGUCUGUGACCGUCAUUGAUGUGAAUGAAAACCCUUAUUUUGUCCCAAAUCCCAAGAUCAUUCGCCAAGAAGAAGGCCUUCAUGCCGGGACCAUGCUGACAACGUUUACCGCUCAGGACCCGGAUCGAUACAUGCAGCAGAGUAUUAGGUACCCGAUGCCAUUGAUGCUGUUCUUACCAUUUCCACCCCACGUGAAGAACAACAUAUACAACGCCACCUUCCUUGCUUCCGACAACGGAAUCCCGCCGAUGAGCGGGACGGGCACGCUGCAGAUCUACCUGCUGGACAUCAACGACAACGCCCCGCAGGUGCUGCCUCAGGAGGCGGAGACGUGCGAGACGCCGGCCCCCAACGCCAUCAACAUCACGGCCCUGGACUAUGACAUCGACCCCAACGCCGGGCCCUUUGCUUUUGACCUGCCUCUGUCUCCCGUGAACAUUAAGAGGAACUGGACCAUCACGCGGCUUAAUGGUGAUUUCGCUCAGCUUAAUUUGAAGUUAAAAUUCCUCGAGGCGGGCAUCUACGACGUCCCCAUCAUCAUCACCGACUCGGGGAACCCCCCCAAGUCCAACAGCUCCGUGCUCCGCGUGAAGGUGUGCCAGUGCGACUCCAACGGCGACUGCACGGACGUGGACCGCAUCGUGGGCGCCGGGCUGGGCACCGGGGCCAUCGUCGCCAUCCUGCUCUGCAUCAUCAUCCUGCUCAUCCUCGUCCUGAUGUUCGUGGUGUGGAUGAAGCGCCGGGACAAGGAACGCCAGGCCAAGCAGCUCCUGAUCGACCCCGAGGAUGACGUCAGAGAUAACAUCCUGAAAUACGACGAGGAGGGCGGAGGCGAAGAAGACCAGGACUACGACCUGAGCCAGCUGCAGCAGCCCGACACCGUGGAGCCGGACGCCACCAAGCCCGUGGGCAUCCGGCGGCUGGACGAGAGGCCCAUUCACGCCGAGCCCCAGUACCCCGUGCGCUCCGCGGCCCCGCACCCCGGGGACAUCGGGGAUUUCAUCAACGAGGGCCUGAAAGCUGCGGACAAUGACCCCACGGCCCCGCCCUACGACUCCCUCUUGGUGUUUGACUACGAAGGCAGCGGCUCCACGGCCGGGUCCCUGAGCUCGCUCAACUCGUCCAGCAGCGGGGGCGAGCAGGACUACGACUACCUGAACGACUGGGGGCCCCGCUUCAAGAAGCUGGCCGACAUGUACGGUGGCGGCGACGACUGAACUUCAGGGUGAACUCGGUGACCGGACAAGUGCAGACCAUUUCAACUGAUAUUCCCAAAAAGCAUUCAGAAGCUAGGCUUUCACGUGUAGUCGACUCGCACCGCGCCUGCCGGAGGCGUGGGCACGGGCUGCAGACCAGUGUGGGCUCCGCGGGAAUAUCAGUGCCCGACGCUGUUUGGAGGGACGCUGAGCUCAGUUACACUUGAAUUUUACAGUACAGAAGCACUGGGAUUUUAUGUGCCUUUUUGUACCUUUUUCAGAUUGGAAUUAGUUUUAUGUUUAAGGCUUUAAUGGUACUGAUUUCUGAGACGAGAAGUAAAAUACAAACUAUUUUGUGGUGGGAGCAGUAAGUUAAACCAUGAUACGCUUCAACACGCUUUGGUUACAUUGCAUUUGCUUUUAUUAAAAUUGCGGAGGAAACAAACAAAAACUCAUGGAGCAAUUUUUAUGAUCUUGGGGGAUGAGACCAUGAGGUUGGGAAAAUGUACAUUACUUCUAGUUUUAGACUUUAGAUUUUUUUUUUCACUAAAAUCUUAAAACUUAUGCAGCUGGUUGCAGAUAAAGGGAGUUUUCAUAUCACCAAUUUGUAGCAACAUUUGAAUUUUUUCAUAAACUAGAAUGUUAGACACAUUGGGUCUUAAUCCAUGUACACUUUUUUUUAAAUUUACUGUGUGUUUUUUUUCACUUCACUGUAAAAAUGGUAUGUGUACAUAAUGUUUUAUCGGCAUAGUCUAUGGAGAAGUGGAGAAACUGCAGAACAUGUGUAUGUAUUAUUUGGACAAUGGAUUCAGGUUUUUGCAUGUUUAUAUCUUUCGUUAUGGUAAAGUAUUUACAAACCAAGUGACAUUUGAUUCGAUUGUUGAGCUGUAGUUAGAAUACUCAAUUUUUAAUUUUUUAAUUUUUUUUAAUUUUUUUGUUUUUGUUUGGGGAGGGAGAAACGUUCUUAGCACAAAUGUUUUACAUAAUUUGUACCAAAAAAAAAAAAAAGAAGAAGAAAGGAAAGGGGUGGCCUGGCACGGGCGGCACUAAGUGUGUGUUUUUAAGAAGAAAAAAAAAUGGGGGGAAAAAGCUUUUAAACUGGAGAGACUUCUGACAACAGCUUCGCCUCUGUAUUGUGUACCAGAAUACACAUGAACACCCCAGCGUUCUGAAUAAAAUGCUAAUUUUGGAUCUGG